UCACAACAAAACCUAUAUUUUCCCCUCUGAUUAACCCUCCAAAUCAGACCUACCCUUUUUCCUCAAUUAGAGUUUUGAAUCCCCUUUCUCUCCAACAUAGCAACUGCUUAAUUCCACAGACCAAAACCCUUUCCAAUUUCUUCUCUACAACUCCUCCACAAACACAAGCUAGCUAGCAAAAACACACACAUUCACAACUACCCAGACAGAGAGAGAGAGAAUUAAGAAAACAAAUCAUGAACAAUACUUGUUAUAAUGAUUCACAAAGACAAGAAACCCUCAAGAGGAGGUGGCAACAAGAGAUGAUCAGGAGGGUCCCGUUUGAGGCCUUUCCCGGUGGUGGGCUCGACGAUGACUUGGUCUCCACCGUUGUCCCACCAGUGACGGUGGUGCUCGAGGGCCGUUCGAUCUGCCAGCGCGUCAGCCUCCAUAACCAUGCGAGCUACCAAAGCCUCGCCGCGGCCCUCCGACAGAUGUUUGUGGUCGACGGCGGAGAUCACAUGUCUUCUUCAGAAAAUGAUACUAGUAGUAGUAGUAGUAGUCUUGAUCUGUCAAAUGCUGUACCUGGUCACCUCAUUGCCUAUGAGGACAUGGAAAAUGAUCUUCUUCUUGUUGGUGACCUUAACUGGAAGGAUUUUGUGAGAGUUGCUAAGAGGAUUCGCAUACUGCCGGUGAAGGCGAAUUCAAAGAAGGCGAGAGGAGUAGGGGUUAACUAGUGCCGUCCAGAUAUUUUGCAGGAAGUUGUUGACAAUGAACUUUGGAAUUAGCUAGUUGUUAACAACGUAACAUAUAUAGAGUCCUAAAUUAAUCAGACCACCUUUAAUUUAAUUGCAUUAGAACAUGCAUGAAGAUGGAUUAUGUGCUUUUUUAAUCCAUCUUCAUGAUCAAUUACGUGCUUUGAAGCAUAUAUGUUGUAUUUGGAAUGCCAAUUAAGUUCGUGCUGUCUUUGCAUGAAUAAAGGAUAUCUUUGCUUUGGGUUCUCAAA